CAGUCCUAGUGGCAGCUCCGGUCCUGUCCCGGGUUUCCUAGGUGGGGCAGGCGAAGGGAAGGGGGGGGGCGGUCUAUCUCGGCCCUGGUGCAGAUCGCCCCCUCUCCUCCCCAUUCCCUUCUUCCCCCGUGGUUGUACCUGAUAAAUGGGGGAUUACGGAUUCGAGUUACUGCACACCGCCCCGCUCCGAAGCAGCAGCCCCGGCCCCCUGUUCAGCGGCGGUGCUUACAGACCUUACCCGCCAGUCCCAGCCCCUGCCGCCCCCCAGCUCUCCUCCUUGCCCUUUGCCCCGCUCUCGCAGCCGCCGUUGCCUGUCACCGGUUUCUCCCUGGCCUCGACCCCCUCCCAGUUCUCCAUCCCCACCGGCAGCGGUGUCGGUGGCGGCGGCUGCAGCUGCAGCAGCAGCAGCAGCAGCAGCAGCUCCGCCGCCGCCGCCUCUUCCUCCUCCCCCCUGUUCCUGGCUGCGGCCGCUGCAGCGCACAACCAUACCAUGCAAGAUGAGCUGCUGCUGGGGCUGACACAGCAACAGCAGCAGCAACUCUCAGGGUCAGGGCUCCCCGAAAAACUCCCCAACCACCACCAUCCCGUCGGCAGCACGAAAGCGGGUGCGACCCACCUCCUCCCCUCCCAGGACUUCAAACCGAGUCUGCACCACCCCUCCUCCUCCUCCUCCUCCUCCUCCUCCUCCUCCUCCUCCUCGUCCUCCUCCUCCUCCUCCUCCACUACCUCCUCCCCCCAGGACUUCAGCAAGCAGCAGCAGCUGAGCAGCCAGAAGAGGAAAGAGUUCAACCCCCCCCACCCUCCCCACCCUCAGGACUUGAAGCAGCAGCCGCCGCCGCUCAACACCCCCGACCAGUUCAUCUCCCAGCAGCAGCAACAGCAGCAGCUCCACCAGCUCCAACAGGAGCAGCUCCAGAAACAGCGACAGCAGCAGUUCAGCCACCCGCACCACCCGCACCCGCACCACCACCACCGCCACUACCACCACCCCAAGCAGCCACCGGGAGACUACCAUCCCCUCCCCCAGCACUACCGGCCCCCGCUUCAGCCCUCGCCGCCCCAAGCCCAGCACCACCACCACGGGGGGGUGGACAGUCUUCGGAAGAUCCCGGCGGCGACAGCAGCGACCGCGGCGGCAGCCGGCGAGGGGACCGCCGCCGAGUCCCCCGAUGUGGGCUUGGCCCCCUCGACGCCGUCUGUGAAUCUCCUGCCGGGCUCAAAGCCGCCCCCGUCGAUGGAGUCCCCCAACCACCCUUUGCUCAACAGCUCCAGUACCCUCCUGCCGGGCGGGGGGCUCGGGGCCGGCGGCGGCUUCAGCAGCCUGCAGAGCCCGGACCUGCCUCACCCGGGCGGCGGCGGAGGGGGCGGGGGCCCCCCGGCCGCAGGAGGAGGGGGCUCCGCUUCGCCGCCGCCGCUGCCGGGCUUCGGCACCCCCUGGUCCGUGCAGACCUCGUCGCCGCCGCCGCCCCAGCAGCAGCAGCCGCCGCCGCCGCAGCCCCCGCAGCCGCCGCCGCCGCCCCAGCCCCCGCAGCAGCAGCCGCCGCCGCCGCCGCAGCCCCAGCCUCCGCAGCAGCCGCCGCCGCAGCAGCCGCCGCCGCAGCAGCCGCCGCCGGGCUCCUCGGCCGCCACCCCGGGCGGCGGCGGCAGCGGCUGCGGCGGCCCAAUCAGCGCCAUGCCGCCGCCCAAUCCGGAGACGGACAGCAGUUUCUACCCCGGGAUUCCGUCGUCGAUCAACCCGGCUUUCUUCCAGAGCUUCUCGCCCGUGUCUCCGCACAACCCCUGCGCCGGCAUGAGCGUGCCGGGCGGCGGCGGCGGCGGCGGCGGCUUCGGCGGCCCCUUCUCGGCGGCCGCCGUGCCCCCGCCCCCGCCGGCCAUGAAUUUACCUCAGCAGCCGCCGCCGGCCCCGCAGCCGCAGCCCGCGCCUCCGGCCCCGCAGCCGCCGCCGCCUUCGAGCCGGCGCUCGCCUGUCAGCCCGCAGCUCCAGCAGCACCAGGCUGCCGCCGCCGCCUUCCUGCAGCAGAGGAACUCGUACAACCACCACCAGCCUCUUCUGAAGCAAUCUCCUUGGAGCAACCAUCAGAGCAGUGGCUGGAGCACAGGAAGUAUGUCGUGGGGAGCAAUGCAUGGCAGAGAUCAUCGUAGAACUGGAAAUAUGGGAAUUCCAGGAACUAUGAAUCAGAUCUCUCCUUUGAAGAAACCAUUUUCUGGUAAUGUCAUAGCUCCACCAAAAUUUACUCGAUCUACUCCAUCCCUGACACCUAAAUCAUGGAUUGAAGAUAAUGUGUUCAGAACAGACAACAACAGUAAUACUCUCUUACCCUUACAGGUAAGAAUGGUGAGAUCUAGUUUGCAGUUGCCAGCUUGGGGCUCAGAUUCACUCCAAGAUAGUUGGUGCACUGCAGCCGGAACAUCCAGAAUAGACCAGGAUCGAAGUCGAAUGUAUGACAGUUUGAACAUGCACUCAUUGGAAAACUCCCUCAUUGAUAUUAUGAGAGCAGAGCACGAUCCUCUUAAAGGUCGCUUGAGCUAUCCUCAUCCAGGGACUGACAAUCUUUUGAUGUUAAAUGCGAGGAGUUAUGGGCGAAGACGAGGCCGUUCUUCCCUCUUCCCAAUAGAUGAUGGCUUGCUAGAUGAUGGCCACAGUGAUCAAGUUGGUGUCUUAAAUUCACCUACAUGCUACUCAGCUCAUCAGAAUGGAGAGAGGAUAGAACGUUUUUCUCGGAAAGUUUUUGUUGGUGGUCUUCCUCCUGAUAUUGAUGAAGAUGAAAUUACUGCUAGUUUCAGACGAUUUGGGCCUCUGGUAGUAGACUGGCCUCACAAAGCAGAAAGCAAGUCCUACUUCCCACCAAAAGGUUAUGCAUUCCUUCUCUUCCAAGAGGAAAGCUCUGUUCAAGCACUGAUUGAUGCUUGUAUUGAAGAAGAUGGGAAGCUAUAUCUAUGUGUCUCUAGCCCUACUAUCAAGGACAAACCAGUUCAGAUCCGUCCCUGGAAUCUAAGCGAUAGUGACUUUGUAAUGGAUGGGUCACAGCCCCUUGAUCCUCGAAAAACAAUUUUUGUUGGAGGUGUCCCCAGGCCUUUGAGAGCGGUGGAACUCGCAAUGAUAAUGGACCGGCUCUAUGGUGGAGUUUGUUAUGCAGGAAUCGAUACAGAUCCAGAGCUGAAGUACCCAAAAGGUGCUGGGCGUGUUGCUUUUUCCAAUCAACAGAGUUAUAUCGCUGCCAUUAGCGCUCGGUUUGUUCAACUUCAACAUGGCGAUAUUGACAAACGAGUGGAGGUAAAGCCAUAUGUGUUGGAUGACCAGAUGUGUGAUGAAUGCCAGGGCGCACGCUGUGGUGGAAAGUUCGCUCCCUUCUUUUGUGCCAAUGUCACUUGCCUGCAGUAUUAUUGUGAGUUUUGCUGGGCGAACAUCCACUCUCGUGCAGGACGUGAAUUCCAUAAGCCAUUGGUCAAGGAAGGCGCUGACCGCCCACGUCAGAUCCACUUCCGCUGGAACUAAGCGUAGUGAACCAGCCUCUGUUUAAGGAAAGAUGGGUGCAUGUGGCUUACUGUGUUUGAAGAUACUGACGUGCAGAAGAAAUAAGUGCAUUCUUCUGCUUUUCACCCCAGCUCUCAAUACAUGCAUCUUUAUCAGCAGCCAAAACACUACAAGCCUCUUGUUUUUCACCAAAACCCUACAUCUCAGGCUUACUAAUUUUUGUGAUAUUUUCAUGUUAAAAUAAAAUGUUUUUUUGUAUUUUCUCCAAGUUAUUUUUAUAUGUAAAGUUAAAACUAGAUAUGAGAAUGUUUUUUGCAUAGGGGCACACAGUCUGCUGCUAUAUUUAGUGGGUGAAGCGUGCACUUAUUUCUAAACAUGGGUUUUUAACUUCAAGAUCUGCCCCAGUAAUUUACCAAAGGUAGCAAAAAAUAAUAGUGAAGAUGGAAUAUGUCUGCUACAAAAAGCUUAUUUUUAUUGUUGCUAUUUUCAGUGUAUACAUAAACUAAACAAAUUAGGGUUGAUUUUUGCUCUCCAUUUUGACUUGCAAGAAAUAAUACCUCAAGAUAAUCUGAUUUAUUAGCUCUUUUUAAACAUUUUUAAUCACAAGCUGUAUUAGCUUUGCUGCUAUAUAGGUGUUAUGUGUAAUGCCACCUAUUAAUACGGGAUUGAAAACGUUUAAGACACACUGCAUUGCAGAUGAAAUGCAGGCAGCACAAUGUGGCCUAAACUGCCAUAGUUUUAGAAUGUGAAGAGAAAUUGCAUGUUUACUUACCUGUAUACACCAUAUGCAUGCACUAGAAUUACUUACUAACCAGAGGUGAGUUAUUGCAAAUGUUCAGGAAUUUAAAAAAAAAAAAAAAAAGCUCUCUUGAAUCUAGGUAGCAUGAGCAAAUUA